UUUUCAUUUUUCCUCCAUGUGACCGACUUUGUCCGAGUCGGCGGAUCUCAGAUUUCACGCGUCUAUAUAUCGGAUUGGACCGCUUGUCUUCAUCCGAAACCCUCUUUCUCCUAGGGUUAAAGCUAGUUUUUUUUGGUAGAUCCGUGUGGUGGAAUCGAAAUUCAUUUUUUUGUUGAUUUCGCGCCAUAUAACUACCGGGUUUUCUCGAGAUUCUCUGUGUAAGAGGACGAAUCGAGACUAGGGUUACGGGUUUCGAUUCGAAUUGGUUGCUUUUACCUUCGUUCGAAUCUGAGAAAGAAACAGAAACAAUGUCGCGAACGUUUCCUUGCCCACCGUCUGGCUAUGAGAGGAGCUGGGCGAAUGGUCAGGACUUGGUCGAUUCGACUAAGAUCAAAAUCGACACAGUCAAUCCGAUAAAGGAACUCUGGAAACAGAAGGAGAAGAAGGAGAAAAGGAGAGAUAAGAAAGAAAAGCGUGAGAAAUCUAAGAAAGCCCUUGAACAACGUGCAGCCAAGUUUGAUAAUAACCCUGAACCCCUAUAUUCCAAGAAAAUUCAAGAUGAAAGUAGACAACUUGAGAAGAGUGAUUUGACUGAAGAACAUGAACUACCUCAAAGUCUCUGUUAUCUGUCUGAUGAAAGUCAGAGCAGUAACAAGAGGAAAAGGCAGGAUUGGCCUGCUGUUGAGAGCAAUGUCAAAGCUGUACCAGGUAAACCUUUACGCAUCCGAUUUGUGUUUAGAAAGCCAAACAAACCUGAGUCCGUGCCUCAAGAGGAACGUGUCUGCUCAACUUCGGUCGCCCAAGAUGCCGAUACGAGUUUUGUCGCGAAUGCAAGGACAUCUUUGCAAGAAGAGAACUUGCCCUCGACUUCUCGAGGGGAGGAGGGCACUACAAUUCCCAUUGGCAUGAGAAAGAAAGAACGGAAAAGAAGCAAAGAAUCCCGAUACCAUGCAUUGUUUGAAGGAUGGGUUCCCUCUGCCCCUUCUUCUACGGCAUUGGAUGUUGAUUACGACCAUCAAGAUUGGCUCUUUUGUAGUAGGAAGCAAGAAAGGCCUAAAGCCGGAGCAGGAAAGAUGGACAAGGACUUGAACAGCUUGCGGUGUUUAGGAGAUCCCUCUUGGUCUAGAGCUCUGUUUUUGCCUGAAGUUGGCAUCUAUUCGUUACCCUAUACUAUCCCUUUAUGAUAUUCCAUUGAUUUUUGUCUUCUUUUUUUCCCUUUUGCUUGACCUGUAUCUCAGCUCGGCUUCAACUUGUUCAGUCACAGAGAUCUGUAUACCAUUUUGCGUUAUUGAUGGUGAAAUGGGUUCUUGUUAAUCUGAUUGUUCAGAAAACAGUUGUUGAUGUA